AUGUCUCCGGACUUGAGUAAGCUCAGUUGGUACGUGCACCGGAGCUACGGCCUUGCAGGACCCCCGUCUACGUCUCCGAAUCUCCGUGCCAUGGCCCAUCAUCGCAAGCUUGCCAGGUCUGCACGGACUGACGUCCACCCCCGAGCUGCAGGGCAACUUGGUCGCUGCAAGCUAGUGGAGCAUCUCAAAGCGAGCUCUGCCAUGCCCCCUGCUCGACUAUUCUUCCGACAAGCCGAGGAAGAAAUCAAAUCCUACAAUAAUAAGGAAAAUGUUAAUAGUUGA